CAAAACUCUAUACAAAAACCUUUGGAGCAAAGACAACACAAUACUCCACAACAUCCACCAGAGGGAGUCACACACUGUUAAACUUCAUUGUAUUUUAUGAGACAGUCUGGAUUCUUUUCACUAAUGAAACACAGUUGUGAUGAAGACUUGGAGGAAUGAAACUAAUUCAACAUCUGAGUCUCCUCCUACUGACUGCAGAGGUGUCUUCAUGACAGAGAACUGUUUGAUUCCAGCUGUGAACAUCAGACCAAACAACUCACAAAACUUAUUCAUCCUGAACAUUCAUAAACAGCAUUUCACCUCUGCAGACAUGGAAAAACUCACUGCAAUUCUGUUCUGCUUCACUCUUAUAGGUAACACGAUGGAAGAUGAUAUUACUGCCAGCAGUGCUGAAGUCUUUUCAUCAGAGGGCCGUAGUGUUACUCUGUCCUGUACCUAUUCAGUUCAAGCUCAAAAUCUCCAGUGGUAUCGACAGGAUCCUGGAUCAGCUCCUCAGUUCCUUCUCCUGAUCACUGAUACUAAACCGCCUUCAGUAAAGGGAGCAACACCUCCUCACCCUCGACUGAAUGCUACACUGAAUAAGGAGAAAAAUCAAGUUAAUCUGGAGAUCUCCUCAGCUGAAGUGUCUGACUCUGCUGUGUACUACUGUGCUCUAUGCAGAGCUCAAAAAGACAACGUGUCUGCACACUGCAUAAAGCCAGAAAGUACUGAAGAACAUGUUGCAGAGGGCAGAAACAUCAACCUGACCUGUACAUAUGAGGGUGUUAUCAACAAUAUCCAGUGGUACCGACAAUACCAGAGAUCCAGACCAGAGUUCCUGCUCUACAUCACAGAGGAAGGAUCAAUUCAUCCAACUGGUUCUGAUUUCACAGCUCACAUUGACAAGAAAAAGAAACGUGUUGUUCUGGAGAUCAUCUCAGCUAAAGUGACAGACUCUGCUGUGCUGAUUAUUGUGGUGUACCACAGGGUUCAAUCCUAG